AUGCUGCACCCAAUUCUGGAUACUAGUAGUGUUAAUGUUGUCCUUUCCUUAUCAGGAAUAUACGUUUUGAUUUUCGGGUUUAUCGCUCUGAAAAUCAAGCAGAAAUGGUAUCUCGGUGAAGCUUUGCCCUCUUUCAUAGUCGGGGCUGUCAUAGGGCCUUUCUGUGCGAAGUUCAUAAAUGUCAGUCAGUGGGGAGGAGACACCGACCACGAUAACGGUGACAUUGCCUAUGGAUUAACUCGAUUGGUGAUUGGCAUCGCUAUGGUCAAAGUCGGCUAUGAGCUACCAAAACGAUACAUUCGGCUUCACCUGCUCGAACUCACCAUCUGCUUGCUGCCAUUGAUGACGAUACAGUGGCUGAUGACGUCGACAUGUAUCAAAUUAAUGAUCCCUAAUCUAUCUUUUUUGACUUCUCUCAUCAUCGGAUCCUGCGUCAUAUGUAUUGACCCGGUUCUCUCACAAGCUAUCGCCAAGGGUCCUUUCGCAGACCAAUAUGUCCGACGGCAUCUUCGAGAAUUUAUUUCAGCUGAGGCAGGUGGAAAUGACGGGUUCGGGUUUCCAUUUUUGCUUCUCUCUAUUGCCAUUCUUCGUUAUGCCGAUACCCCGGGUAUCGAGACAGCAAAAGCUGGUGCCACCGAACAGAGUCGAGAUUGGAUUGGUGAGCCGGGUACGGGUCGAUUUGGUGGAGAUGUCAGUCGAGCAUUGGCACAUUGGGCUGUUGAGGGAGUGUUGUAUAUGAUCGUCAUGGGCGCUGGGUAUGGUGUGCUGGUCGGGUUCCUAAGCCGAAAAGCCUUGAACUUGGCUUCAAAAAGGCGUUGGAUUGACAAGGAGAGCUUCUUCACAUAUCCUGUUGCGAUGGGUUUGUUUAUUGUCGGUACCUGCGGCUGUUUUAGCUCUGAUGAAACUCUCGCUUGUUUUGUUGCUGGCUGUGCGUUGAACUGGGAUGGUUCUUACCACUUCGAAGUCGAAGAGAGACACGACUCCUUCAAUUCCACUAUCGAAAACAUCUUGAACAUUGGAACCUUCAUGUUCCUCGGUGCUAUCAUGCCAUGGGACCAGCUUCACAUGUCUAGUCAGAACGGAAUCACUAUCGCUCGAUUAGUCGGGCUCGGAUUUUUGAUCUUGAUAUUCCGUCGUAUCCCGGCGAUUAUGAUGGGAUAUCGAUUCAUGCCCAAGGUCUGCAAAAAUUGGAAAGAGGCCUUGUUUAUGGGAUACUUUGCUCCAAUUGGAGUUGGUGCCAUUUCAUACGUCGAGUAUGCGCGGCGAUUGUUACCGGACCCUGGAGAGAGCGACAAAGAAAUAAACGAUUUGACUGCAGCCAUGAUCCCGGUGGUGUAUUGGCUUGUCUUCUUCUCUAUCGUCAUCCACGGGCUGUCUAUACCGGUCCUGAACUGUCUUUAUAAGUGGUUCAAAGUCCCUACUAUUCGAGACCACCCGGUAGAAAUUAUCCUUCUUUCCGAAAAUGAGCCUGUCCCUAACAACAGCGUGGUGAAUCGCUGUGCCCACUCUGUCAUACUAAACAACCGGUUUUCCUGUGCCUUGAGCCAGCGCCCCUAUUCCGGCCAUGGCGAUCAGCACCACGAGGGAACAGAUACGGUGGUGCUACGCUGCAAUGGGGAAACUAGCUAUAGGAGCUCGCUGGAAAGGGCAUCGACGAAAGGCUUGUCGCCCGAACUAGAGCAGACUGUAUCUACCAGAAAUGUAGUCUGA